AUGGUUGUCCUUCUGGAAGGUUCUCCUCUCUCUACAGAGGAACACUGGAGGCCACAGGGCCCCCUGGUGCGCAGCCCCCCUGCGGUUCCCGUGCUCUCACCUGUGAUUGAGGAGGAGUCCGCGCAGAGAGGAGCCGGCCUCGUUACAGUGGCCCCAAAACACAACAGACAGACAGUGCAUCUAACAGAGGAGGUGCUACAGGCUGUGGGGUCCCUGUGGUCCAAGGUCCCUGUGGCCCCUGCGGUCUCUGUGGCCCCUGUGAUCCAAGCCCGUGCCCAGUCUGGGGGCCCCUGUGUGGAAGUGGUCCCUCUGGAGGGUUGUGCUAUAGUGGGUCAGGGGCCUCAGUCCUCUCUGUGGGGGCCUCAGUCCUCUCUGUGGGGCCUCAGUCCUCUGUGGGGGCCUCAGUCCUCUCUGAGUCUGAGUCUGGGAUUUAAAUCAGACUGA